UUCCCAGCGGGGCUCGGGGUUUUAGUCGUCGACGAUGACUUGUUGUGCCUGAAAGUCGUGGAGAAGAUGCUGAAGGCGUGCAAGUACAAAGUCACCGCGUGUUCCACCGCCAAGACUGCGCUGGAGAUUCUGCGAACGCGAAAGGAAGAGUUUGACAUCGUGCUGAGCGACGUGCACAUGCCAGACAUGGAUGGGUUCAAGCUGUUGGAGAUCAUUCAGUUUGAACUCGCUUUACCCGUUCUCAUGAUGAGUGCGAACUCGGACUCGAGCGUGGUAUUGAGAGGGAUCAUUCACGGGGCGGUAGACUAUUUGUUGAAGCCCGUUCGAAUCGAGGAGUUGCGUAAUAUUUGGCAACACGUCGUUCGACGCGACUACUCGUCGGCGAAGAGCUCGGGAUCGGAAGACGUGGAGGCUUCGUCGCCGAGCAAGCGUGCGAAAACGUCUGGGUCGAAUUCGAAGAGCGAAGAGGUCGAUCGGACGGCAAGCGAGAUGAGUUCGGGCAAAGCGAGGAAGAAACCGACGGGUAAGAAGGGAGGCAAGAGCGUCAAGGAAGCGGAAAAGAAGGACGUCGUGGAUAACUCGAACUCAAAGAAGCCUCGAGUGGUGUGGAGCGCUGAGCUCCACGCGCAGUUCGUGACCGCAGUGAAUCAACUUGGAAUCGAUAAAGCUGUGCCAAAACGUAUUUUAGAUCUCAUGGGGGUUCAAGGUUUGACGAGAGAAAACGUCGCGAGUCACUUGCAAAAGUAUCGACUAUACCUCAAGCGUUUGCAAGGAAACGAUGCCCGCGGCGGCGGCAACGCCUCUUCGACU